AAUAAUUACGGCAACACCACCACCGCGCUGGCGACGACACGAGCACGCCUCCCCCUGUGUGCUGUUGCAUCUGAGGGCUGCAGUCAAGUUGUGGAUCCGGUGUAAACUCGGCUUGUUAGCUUGAGGAGGAAGGAGCGAGUUGUGGAAAUGUCAGAGGAAGAUUUGACAAAGCUGUUGGUACGAGUCGAUAUCCCUGAUCUAAAGACGCAGAAAUGUGUUGUUUUAAGUGUAAAGGACACUGUGUGGGCUGCUAAACAGGUGGUCUUGGACAAACUCAACCAGGAUUUGCCAAACAAUCUUCUGAACUAUGGUCUGUACUUGUUGCCGAGUGUUGCUGGGAAGCUGGGAAAGUAUAUGGACGACGGUCGGUACCUCGGAGAGUACGUUCUGCACGGUCACGUACCUCGCAUUGAGUUGCGCUACAAGAAGAGAGACUAUAGUAUUCAGGUCACUCUGAAGGGAAAAGACAUCAGCAAAGCCAACUCCAAAGCAAACCUCCGAAAGUUUGCAGAGAAUGUUGUUCAGGGAAAUGUGAAGAAAGUAGAGAAAUUGAUGGAUUCUGGAGUCGAUCCAAACUUCAUCACAGAGGAUGGCAACACUCCCCUUGGGUUGGCCUGUGGACGUAAUGCCAAUGUCCAAGUCAUCAUGCCUCUUCUGUCCAACGGAGCUCACAUUGACUUCAGGGGCAAAGAGGGACUCACUCCACUGCACAGAGCUGCUCUCGGGGGAAACUCUGCUGCCAUCAAAAUUCUGUUGUCGUAUGGAGCCUCUCCAAAUUACCGAGACACGAAGGGGCUCACCCCGCUCUACCACACGGCCAUAAUGGGUGACGACACGGCCUGCUGCGAGAGUCUGCUGCGCUACAGGGCAGAGAUGGGGAUCAGGGACCACGGAGGAUGGACCGAGCUACAUCAGGUGGCAAAGUAUGGUCACGUGAAGCAUGCAUAUCUUCUCAUCAAGUACGGAGCAGAUCUUCAUGCCCAGAACAAUGCCGGAAACACACCCCUACAUGUGGCAGUCUCACACGGACAGGCUCAGUUGGCCAGGCUACUGUUGAAGAGAGGAUCAGACAGGACUAAGAUCAACUUCUCCAGUCAACUACCUUCCCAGGUGGCCAUUCUGUGUGGACAGCAUGCUCUCGCAGCUGAGAUAAACAGUUUCGAACCAGAGCAAGUCGAGCCCAUCCAGGGUGAGCCAGAAUACCAACCCGGGGCCAGGCAGUUUGACCGUAGUCUCUUUGACAUGGACAAGAUGAGGUCAGAGGUCGGACCCACAGCUCCGCCCCCCGAAAUCCUCGUCGACUCCCUGGCCCAGGAGUGGAGUGACAAGGAGUUUGCGGCAAUGGACGGAGGGAGGGAGGAGAUGGGGGAGGGAGGGAGGGGGAGGGCCGGGAGCGAGACAAUGUGGAGCAAAAGUGCCCACGGGAGCUCAGUUAGCAUUCCGAGUAUGACAACAGGACAGAUACAACAGCCGUACCACCACUCCAUAGAGACAGCAGACAGCGAGAGUCUCAGCUCAUACGACAGAGACAGCAUUCACUCUACAUCCACCACCGGAGGAACUCCUGGGCCAAACACCCCGCAGACGCACCACCGUCGACAGCAGACGUUUGCCACCCAGAGAGAGAGGCUGUACCGGGCUGGAGCAGGGAGGUACGUGGCAGUGGAGGACGUGGAGCCCCAGCAGGGGGACGACAUUCCUCUCAGGAGGGGCAUGGAAGUCGAAGUGGUGUUCAUAGGGAAGGGAGGUUACUGGGAGGGGAGGUCAGGAGGGAGACAAGGCUGGUUCCCCGCCAGAGCCAUUCAGGAGGUGACCGAUGAUGGUGACAGUGGGGUCUUCUCCGAAUACUCGAGGGGUAACCAGCAUCCAAUGGCUUCUCUACCAGAGCAUCAGCUACUCCCUCCACCUCCUCCCAUGCACCCUGUGGACACUUGGCCGACGAUGGGUGGAGGGAGGAGAGACGAGGGGGAGUUUUGGAAACCAGAGAUGAGUGGUGGAACUGGCAGCGCUCCAAGUUUCUCCACUCAGCAACAUCUCCAUCCGUCAACUCCUGAUGGUGUGCGAGAGGUCUUCAUGAAAUGUGGUCCAAAGGGCUAUGGAUUUGCUAUGAGAGGAGUCAAAGCCACAAAAGCCAUGAGGUUCACCCCAACCCCACAAGUGCCUGCACUCCAGUAUAUUGGCAGUGUGGAGAAAGGGAGCUCUGCCGACCUAGCCAGCCUCCAGACUGGAGAUUUCCUGCUAGAAAUCAAUCACCACAACGUGACGUUCAGCACACACGAUGAUGUCGUCAACAUUAUUCGUCAGUCGGGGAAAUCCCUUCAAAUGAAGGUCGUUACGCCUGGCCUCGACACCACACUUCGCACGAGUGUUCAGCUCAAGGAGCAGGUGGAGAUCGUGUCUUCAUCUCAGUCCCUCGACCGGCGGAGGAGCAACGAACACCCCGUGAUAAGAGCCAACUCAUUCAAGUCUCAUUUCUCGGCUGAAACUGCUCAUCAGGUUAGCAGUGCGGCAACGAUCCUCCAGCGAGAAACAGUGAUAGACGACGUGCCACUGUCGCGACAGUCAACAAGAGGAGGGGAGUCACCGCACCUCGAGCGAAUCAAUCAGAGUGGGUGGGACUCAUCCCAAGACGAAGCGUCCAACACCCCAUCGACACCCAGUCGCGUUCAUAAGUUCUCUUACCUUCACCCGGCUGGCGGACCUCAGCUCCCUGUCACUCAACAGUACUCCCCAAAGAAGCAAAAGGUGUCACCUCCCACAAUUCACAAAGGAAGCUCUACUAGUCUCUCUUCCGCUUCCACCAGUGAAUCAAGUCAGUCGGCACAGAACAGCAUCUCAUCUGCAAGCAAAUCGGCUACACUUCCCCCGGCAAGAGCUGGGUUUCAAGUGGCUCAUCAGCAGGCCGGCUCGGCUCCAUCAUCCGAAGACGAAGAAGAAUCAGCCUUUGUGAAAGCCCUUAAGCUCGGCAAGGAGAAACUGGCAAAUUCACCUGUGAUUCGAAAGCGGUCAAGCACGAUGCCACCGAGCAUGAGAAACAUGGCCCAGCGUAGUCACCAUGCUAAAAGAAGUCCUGCUGAGUCUCCCGUCAUUGGCACAAAGAGCUCACCCUCAGAGAAGACUUCGCCGACUUUCAAGCAACCCCAGACUUUCAGGCAGCCCCUUGCAGCAGCUCUCAUGAGAAAGAUCGACUCCGUCUCUCUGGACAGCGAACAAGUCAACAACUCCAGCGAUGAGGAUGACACGUUCAACAAAACGCCCCCGGCGCGGUGGAAGAGCAUGCCAGGGCCCAAGGAGAAGGCUCCCACACCUCCUGCCCCGAAACCAAAACCGCAGAUGCGCCGGGCGUACACCGUUGACCCGCGCCACCACGACACAGGACUGGAUAAUGGCUCUUCCCACCAACCACCAUUUGGCAGCAGCGCAGACGUACAGGUAGAAGAAACAAGAGAAGAAAAAAGAAACUCGGAUGAAGAAAACGGCAGCGGUCUCAUGAACUGGAAGUCUGUGCUCCGACCAGUAAAGCGGACAGAAUCAGGUAGAGGAUCACCAGCUCCUCCGGAUAUUCAGCAGAGUAGAAACGACACAAGUAGCGGUACCCUGAACCAAUCUCCUAGGAAUGCCCCACACCCACCCAGCGAGCCAGUUGCUAACAAUUCUGCAAAUUUCUCAAUGGAGUCUGACAGUCUCCCACCACCGCUGCCAGCAAACACCAUCAGCAAUCGUCUCUCGAUAAACUUUCUCGACCUCCCUCCUCCGGAAGAGUUCAUGCUGGUCCCUGGUGCCGAAACGGGAGAAACCAGCACUGAAUCUCCCUCGUUGCAACGACAAAGCUCUCGUCCUUCGUCUGGCAGAGUCCAGCGAACUCCGUCCCCUCCUCCUCCCCCACCUGAUUCUUCUCCGCCCAGAGAGCCGUUUGGCACGAGUCCACUAGUUGGAGUCAAAUUCCCACCUCUCGGCAGGCAAACUGCCCUCCCUACCUUUCCUCAGGAUGAUGCACCUUUCAAGGUCCCCAGCCCCAUCCCUAGUCCAAUAAAUGCAGGUAGCUUUGAGAACGAUACGGUUGCCAUCUUGCCUCCGAAGGAGUUCAUUCCUGCGAGUGAACUGCAAGGAUUCAGAAUACCAACGCCACUCGGUUUUGAGAUCCCAACACCACCCAAUGAUGACUUUGGUGCAGGCAGCAAUGGUUCCGAUCUUAAUGAGGCCAUUCGGCAACUGCAGUUACUCUCCGAAGGCCUUACCACACCUCCUUCUGUGAGUAAAGAAAGUUCACCACAGAGCAAACCUCGGCAAGAUGCGACUAGUGGCAAGAGGAAAGAAGCUUUUCCACCUCCUGUUGUACCAGAGCCUGUGACUGUUUCAGAUGCUCCAGCGUACCCGCCACCUUCACGUAGCCGCUCUUCUACCUCAUCCUCCAAUGUUUCUUCCUUGAAUAGGGACCCAGAGACUGAGCAGCCACCUGCACCAGAAGCAACAAAGACCCAGGCACAUGUUCCUGCAACAGCAACCCACCUGGAAAAGCCAGUGAUGGAGUGGGAGGUCAAAGAGGUUUGCCAGUGGCUGGAGGCUAUCGGGCUUGGCGAACACUGCCCCCAGUUCCGUGAAAACGAGAUCCUUGGCGAACAUCUAUUAGAACUCACCAAGGAUGAGCUUGCCGAGCUCGGGAUCAAGAAGAUAGGGCACAAAAAGACAUUCUUGACUAAAGCAAAAGAGCUUGCAACAUCAACAUAGCAUUCUUGUACUAACUCACUUAAUGAUGAAUAGAUUAUUGGUAUAUUUUCGUUUUAUAAUAAUUUAAGUACGAUGGGAUGAAAACCAAAUGA